UUUUUCGAACGACGAGCCAGGAAGAAGAAGGAAGCCACCGCGGUCGGGAUUGAAGAACGCAAGCGAUUGCCGUGGUAGAUUCGAGUUCAGCCGGGCUUUGAAUUCGGGCAACGGCUUCCUCCCCGCCUUCUAACGGUCUUCUCUCGUAACGUCGACAUGACGUACCCAGGGUUCGGAGCGUAUGGAGCUUACCGUGGUCAGAUGCCGAUGCAAAUGGCAAUGGGUCAGCCAGUCCCUGGAGGAGUACCAAGUGUGGCCCAUGGUGGAUCUCCUGGCUAUUCUGUUUAUUCUGGCGCCUACGCUGCUGCCGCUGCUGCUGAUCCCUUGUGGACAUUCUUCACCGCUAUUGCUGGACAGGAUGGUGAAGUGGAUGCUGAAGAGCUACAGAGAUGUCUAACACAGUCUGGGAUCAGUGGAACUUAUUCUCCAUUCAGCUUGGAAACCUGCAGAAUUAUGAUAUCAAUGUUGGAUAGAGAGAAUACUGGGAAAAUGGGAUACAAUGAAUUUAAGGAACUCUGGGGAGCUCUCAGUGCUUGGAAACAAAAUUUCAUGAUGAUCGAUCAAGACCGAAGUGGAACUGUGGAACUUCAUGAAUUGACUCAAGUCAUUGUAGCUAUGGGUUAUAGGCUAAGCCCACAGACACUAAUUGCGAUCGUAAAACGUUACAGCAAGAAUGGCAGAAUUUUUUUUGAUGACUAUGUGGCUUGCUGUGUGAAGCUUCGGGCUUUGACGGACUUCUUCAGGAGAAGAGACAGCAUGCAACAGGGCAUUGUGAAUCUUGUAUAUGAUGAUUUCUUGCAGUGCACCAUGGCUAUCUGAGUGCCAAUUGUGGAAGAAAACUCACAUGUAUAAUUUCAACUACUUUGAGAAAACUAACUGAAAAUGCUGUGAAAGCAAGGCUGCCAUUGAUUUUUUUUCCACAUUUCUGCCUGCUAAUGCAUCAUUUCUGUAUAAAUAUCUUUGACUUUUAGUGUGUAGUUUGACAAUAAACAAGUGUUCACAUUUUCCAGUAAUUCUUAGAAGUGUGCCAUUCUUUAUGCAUAUGGAUGGUAGACUUUUUAUAUUUUGGGGUUAUGCUCUCAGGAUUGAUAAGAGGAAACAAUCACAUUUCAUGUAAUGGUUAUAAACAGGGUUCAGUUUAUCUUUAAAGUGCUCUGGCCCAGUACCUAUUGGUUUAAAUUGCAAUAAAGAUUGGUCGCAAUGGGCAUUCUAGUGUUCUAUGACAUCAGCUGUUUCAUGUGCUGCAUGCCUGUGAAAAACUAAAUGCCAGGGGGUGGGGGGUGGGGACGGCAAUUCAGAUUCCAUCAAGUACAAACUUAAAACAAGCAUUUGGAUAUUUCUUCUUCUGGAUGUUCAGUAGAUUUAUUUGAAUGUAGAGUAGUAGAACAUGUUCAUAGUGAAGAUUAUAUUUAAUGGUAGUUGAACACAUUUUGCUGGCUAUUUUUUUUUCCUCUUGAAGAUGUAAUCCUCGGAGGAAUUCAUGUGCCUCUGUAGAGCACCCAUUUUUCCCUUUAAGCUUAAUUUUAGAUACUCCUUUGCUGGAUGUGUAAAAGAAAAAAAAAGCUCCUAACUGGCCUUUUGUUCUUCUCACCUAAAAUUCCAACAGUAGUUGAACAAAUCAGUAAACAAAUGCCUGACUUGAUUGAUUUAGAGACAGCGCUCAACAUUACACUUGCACUGUUGCUGCUGCCAGAAAAUAGUCACGGACUGUGUGGGAACGUGCUCAUGUGUAGCAGCUCCUCACAUGGUUGUGACCAUUUCAACCAUGCCAGCUUUAUGGCGCCAGCACAGCUCUCUUUUUUUUCUGGUGGCUACUACUCUGCAAAUGUUCCUCUUCUGCUGUUCAGCCCUAAUCUUGCACCUCCUCAGGAUUUGUGGAUAAAACUUCAAGUUAGGAUAGCCUGUAGAAUGAACCAACCAUGUCCAGUCCUACAGCUUCUUGGUUUUCUAGUUUGAUUACUCCUAUGCUUUGCAGACCUUUUAAUCGAUGAAUUUGUUAAUGUGUUUGCUUCUCUGCAGUGCACCUAAAUAUACCUUGUGGGUAAAACUAAUAGCCCAACCUUAAUGAGCUGUGUUGGUACUGCUGCCCUUGUGGUGAGGUGGGUAGAAUAAGGACAGGAUUUGGCUGUUUGACUACCCGGUGUGCAAGACUACCCUGUUCAUCUGUGCUGUGCAAGGCACUACGCAGUCUCUUCAGAAGGCAGAACUGGGUGCCCUCUGUGUUCUAGCCUAACACAAUUAAAAUAGCCAAUGGGUCCAUUUGUAGCGCAGAGCUCCGCUGGUUGGCAUUUUUUAAUAUAUUUAAUAGCAUGAUUCAAAGCUGCAUGCUCUGACCCACUUUGUAACGGAAGAAUGCAUUACUUAGCUGCCAAGGAUACAAAUCAUAGUUCACCCUUUCACAACAAAAACUUUGAAAAGGGUCAAUUUCUCUGACUAUUGUAGUAAAAAAAUAGUUGUACUAAGGAAGAUGGUUUUUAGUCUGGAACUAGUAAUGUACGCAUAUAACAUUUCAGUUAUUUAUGUUUUUCUGCAUCUAUCCAUAUCAUUACACUAGUAUAUUGGAUUCUUUUAUAAAAAAUUGUCUUGCAUUAUCUUUCGGUCCCUGUAACUCAUAUUGGCAGUUUCAAAUUGAAGUUCUGAAAUCACUGACACUAUUCGUAUGCAUAUUUUGCUGUUCACAAUUGUCAAGUAAUAGCUAUAGAUUAUUGCGAUCUGCUAUGUAGAGAUUUUCGUACCUUAUGAAAUAACUGGAUACUGUUCUAACUGUACAAAUGCUCUUGUAGUAACUAUUUUCAGUGCCAUCCCAGGCAAUUGUUUGGAAAUAAACUUGGAGCUCGCUUUAUAUUCUUUCA